AUGUUCCUUUUAAUGGUAUUUGCGCUGCUGAUUGCAGUGGCCAUUGCAGUGACGCCGGCUGCUCAGGCCUUCCGCAUGAAGCUUGCCUCAUACGCCUAUGGACUACAGUUCAUGCUUGUGGCGAACGAUCUUCCAAAGCAAUUCAAGGGCAGUAACUACAUACGAAUGCAAGCGCCGGCAACACAGGGAUCUACGCGUGUUGUUCGUGUAGUUUUCAUUCGGCAUGGUCAAUCUGUGUGGAACUCUUUGUUUAACACAUUCGGCGCCUCAUGGCCGCUACGUCUGGCGAAGUCGGUGGUUCGUGAGGCCGUGUACUUCGUCAAGGAUCCAUUCAACUCGGAUAUCAUUGACUCCCCAUUGAGCUCCAAGGGUAACUCCGAAGUGCAGGAACUAGCUCAGUUCAUACGUACCGCAAAGGGAAAAAUAUCCUAUGACUCUAACACGUCCGUUGUUGUGUGCAGCAACUUACGCCGGGCGAUGGAAACGGCAGUCAUUGGUCUAGGACCACGCAUCACCUCUACACAGGAAAAAAUAUUGAUCGAUUCGGCGCUGCAGGAGGGGUCCCGUAAUAUCGACGCACAAUCACUUUCCACGGAGCCUGGGAAGAUAAUCCCUUGUAAAAUAGGCAAGUACAAUACUCCAGAGCUACUCGGUGCCGUCUUCGAUACUCGUCUGAACGCUGGCAACCGGACCUCGCAGGUCAACGUCUACGAGCGGAUGGAUCAAUUUGUCCUGCAUCUUUUCGGUGGGUCGCCGUUGGGCGUGUACGUACCAGCCUCCUCCUCAGCACGUGGCAACGCUGAACUGAAGGAAGUCAUCGUGGUGGGGCACAGUGGCUAUUUCAUGCGCUUUUUCCGUCGAUUUCUACCGUCAUCGUCCCAACAUAUAGCCGCUAAAAAGAAGUUGAAGAAUUGUGGAGUCGUCGCAUUUGAUCUUGUGCGCAAUGAAUCUACAAACGAGAUUGUCAUCGAUGAGUCAUCCAUCGCCGUGCUACACAAAGGUUUCUGA